UAUAAAUUUAAAUGAGAAAGAGAUUCAUUAAUAUAAAAUAUGAUAAAUCUUUUUAGAGAAUUCAUUUUGGUGAUAGAUUUUAAACAAAAUGUAUAUAUUAAAUAUCAAUAAUUAAAUGACAGAAUCAAUAAAUUUUAGUUACAAUUAGAUUAUGUAUAUUAAUAAUGUUAAUUUUAAUAAGAUAAUUAGAGUAGUAGGUAAUUCCUUUGAAGCUGCAAUUGUUCAUCGAAUUUCAUUAAUUGAUUAAUGAAUUAUUGCAAUUAUUUUACUAUGAUAUGAGAAUGAAACGCCCAAAAGAUACAGCAGUGUUUUUAAUUCACAAUAAAUGAAUUUAGUGAUUAUAAUCAAAAGAGUCAUAAAAUCUGUGGACAAAUGAUUUAAUGGACAAG